AUGUAAUUGAGAUGAAGAGCGAACCUUUUGUUUUCUCAGCGUAGCUAAGCAGCGCACCUCGCUUCACAAAAUGGUGGGAAAUCAUUUCCCGUGUGUUCAGUGCCUCUCUUCGACAGUGACUGAGUGACGACAGUGCUAUCAAUAUGAAACUGAAAUCUGCAACAAUCAAUCAAUAAUAAUGAUAAACAGGAGGUAAUAAUAAACAAACCUGGCUAGAUUUAGAUCUAGAUCAAUAUUUUUCUGAUUAAUAAAGAAAAUGACCGGUGGUGCUCUGAAUUUGUCACUACUAAGUCGUGGUGUUGGUGAGGUCCAUAGCAAUGGACAUGAAAAAGUGGAUGUUUUUCUCGAACCAGAGGACUACUACAACUUUACUACACAUCCAGAUAGAGUUUACUUACCACCGGUACAGACACACUUUGACAACGAUGUGGACAGUGGUCAGUACAGCACACGCUCACUUAAAGACUUACAGUCCUACAGGGUGCCAAAGACUUUUACCACAAGGAAAGGGGCUCUUCUUCUUUUCUCAGAAGAUCUAGCCCAGAGAAACAUGGAGCGAGCGUCCAAGAGAAAAUAUCAUUCUAAGCAUCAUGAUCAUGAAACUAGUACUGAUGAUUCUCAGAAAACUUUGAGAACUGUUGAAGAUCUGACAAAGUCAAUUUUAAAAUAUGGAGCUGAAGAUGCAAUAAACAACAAAGUCUACCUUAAAUUUGUUCACACUCAUCGAGACAAUUUUGAACGGCAGAUCAGGCCAGGAUUCUCUGCGAAACGUUACUUGGCUACAUGGACUCGCACAUGGGAUGACAGUGUGUUUGACAACAUCAUUAAACAUGGCUACAUCACGGAGAGAUCUCUGUACAAAGCAAACAUUUCUGCACCAAACCUGCGGAGGCGAUUACUCUAUGAAGACUUGUCACACAUGCCACAGCCCUACAGGCUAAUGAAGAGCAUGCUCCUGACUCCAAGCAGUUUGUCUGGAUACACUUUCUAUAGAGUGCCCACUGAUGUCUCUUCCCUUGAGGAUGUGGUUGAGGAGCAAGGAGCAGACGUGGGUCAAAGAGCAGGAAGUGUCAGUAACAUAAGGGUCAUCAGAACUGCGGACAACAUUCAGGAAGUAGUUGACUACAAUAGCUUGGACAGAGAGUCCAAGACCAAUGUCAUAACUGACCUCCUGGUCAAGAGUGCUGUCCACUAUGCCUUAAGAAAACAAGAGGAAUUGUACGAGAAAUCUCUUAUGAGAGCUAUGAAUGGAGAUGAACACCUGGAUGAUGGCAAGACUGAAGCCUUUGAGUUUAACAUGAAAGAGGCAGUAGAGUCCCUCCUUGACUCACAAAAUGGACACUUUUCUCUCCAUUCCUCCCUCCCUGAGGUCGAUGACCGGAACAACAAUUUCGACAUGGGCGUCUUCCGUAAGGUGGAGUCAAUCCAAGACACAGCAUUUAAAAAACAAGCAUUCCCUUCCAGUCGACUGAGCGGAUCUGACGUCACAGACUCUGACUUCCCUUCCAUUUCUGCCAGAACAGAUUCUACGUCCUCCGAGUUUUCUGGCGUGCCUGUGCUCCCUCCGAUUCGUCACAAUUUGUCUCCCAUUAGGGACGUCAGCAGGGAGACAACUAGUCAAGUUGUUGUGUUACCUCCCAUUAAUAAAGGCGCUGGAGGUAGUCUGGACCUUCCAACAGUGAACAUACAGCCAGCAACACCGCAACAUUCUUCACUGACCCUGCUGUCCCAUCAAGAAGAUAAACCUGACGAUGUAGAAGCUGAAUAUCUUGCCAAAGCUUCUGAUGCUAAAACAAAUAAAAAGUCUCUUAAAAAAGAUGCAGUGUUAGAUCCGCUCAACACGGGUAUCUUAUUUCAGCCCCCUCCCCUGUCUAAACCAAUUCAUUCUCACCAGGAGCCAGCCCACGUAGAACCUUUUCAUUUUGGCCACCACCCUGGUCAUUCUAUUAGCUCCUUAGUCGAUUCUUUUGAUGCCAAUAGCAGAAGACAAUGGCUGUUGAUGGCAGGAGGGCAGGUAGAAUCUUUGAAAGGAAGUGUGGUUAUGGCCCCUGAUGGGAAGAUAGUAAGUGUAGGUGGCUCUGUAGUCAGAGGUGGUGUACACAAGGAAGACGUGGGAAACAUGAAUGAUGUUUUGCUGAGUAACAGAAAUGAAGAUGAGUUUAUAACAUCUGAAGAUGAACCAGACCCUUGGAAACUGGAUAAAAGAUUGUCUCUCAGUUCUUCCAUGCAAUCACCAAGUUAUAGACCAAGAGGGAGUCUAGCUAGCUCUUCAGUGUCAAAGGAAGAUUUAAGAAGGUUAAGUUCAACUGGAAGACUUUUACUAUGGGACCAGACUUCCAGGAUUUCAGGAGACUCUACCUCUCACAUAUCAAGUGUCUCUAUCUCAGAAAAAGAUAUUAUGGAUACACUUUCUGACCAUGCUCACCGCAUUGCUAACAACGUCUUAAGUCACUCAGGCGCAGGCAGUGACCUGGAAGUGGAUGUCAAGCAAGCUGCUGAGCUCUGGAUACAGACACACCCCAAGAGGACUGUACUCCGACCAUUCUCUGGCAGAUCUGAAGCAGUUGAUGAAAUUAUGAAGUCUAGUAGAUCCAGCAGUAUGACUUCCUCCACUUCUGCUGCUGAAUUUAAAAGUUCAAGUACAAAGUCUAUAACAACAGCAGCUGCCAGAGCUGCAGGAGUAGACCCACCUUUGCUCACGGCAGAGCAUCAGAUCAGCCCAGAGGUCCUUGAGGCGUUGUCUGCACACAGCCUCACCCCUGAACAGAUUGAGAUGGCCACUGACAGUGAGGGCAAGUUGAAUGUCAAGGUUGACUUGGACCAAGCUAUGGGAGGAGUUCAACAUGGCCGACUUCACGUAGCUCCUGGAUCAGGUGUUGAAGACGGCAGACGACAGGUGUCCAUUCCUGCUGGCAAAGGAUCACAUUUAGAGGAUUCUAAUCUUGAUGUCAUUUCCUAUCAGGUUCCUGAUUCUGGUGGAGAGGACAAUCAAAUUAAUAAUUUAGCCUCUAAAGUCAAGGCAGACGCAGAAGCUGUAGAUGAUGACUCCACUGAAGGCUUGGCUCACUCAGAGGAUGUGCAGAAAGACCUUUUAAACAAAGCUGAUCUGGACAGUGCUGCCCUGGCUGUUAAUGAAGAGCUUGAUCAGUCAGCUGCUACUAGUAAGAAGGAAGUUGCAUUUGAUAAGCCAGAGCAGACGUCAAGUCAAACAACCAGCCAAAUGUCAAAGACUCCUGACAAGAAAACUGCACAGAGUUCAAAGAUCACAAAGGGAAUCACAGCAAUCACUUCACAAAAGUCUGACGUCAAUGCUGAAGGAAAACCUAGAAAAGAGAAAAAAACACCAGAUCAAAAAGAGGAGCCAUUUGUAGUUGGUGGCGUGGAUCACAAGAAUGAGAUUUCCUUGCUCUAUGGGGGUGAGAUGCCUACGCCAGGUGGGACUCCACCUCAUCUUGUCCCCCCUAAAGCCAAAGUUGUCCCUACUAGCACCAAAGCUGCCUCCCAAAAAACCAAGGGUAAACCAAAAGAAAAGAAACCAAAGAAAGAGCCUGCACUCAAGAAAGAAGCUGCAGCUAAAAAAGAAAAGCCAAAGAAAGCCAAAAAAGGAAAGAAAGGGAAAAAGAAAGAAGAGCCUCCCCAAGAGGAGCCAGUGCCUGAGGAACCUGCACCAGUGGAGGUGAAACCACCAUCUCCUGUGCCACCUCCUGAACCGGCUGAACCAGCAGAGGAGGACGAAUUUAUUAUUCAUUCAUCUUCUGAAGCCGAGUCUGAAGAGGAGGACUUUGAGUUUAACAUUGUCAGAGAGGUCACAAGCCCUCCACUACCCCCUGAAACUUCAGCGGGACCCAAAUCUGUUGGCAAAGGACCUUCACCAGGUCCUGAUGAAGAUGAAUCUGAGGAGGAGGAUGUCACAGCUGUGUCCAACUUGAAGUCCAUUUCCAAUAAAGAAGCCAGGGCAGCCAAACAAGCUGCAGCCGCCGCCAAGAGAAGGGAGGAAGUGGAACGCAGGCGACGUGAGAAAGAAGAGCAGAUCAGGAAGGCCAAGGAAGAUGCAGAGAGACAGAUUGCUCUAAAGAAGGAAAUGGAGGAAGUGACCAGAAGAAAAGAAGAAGAAAGAAGGCUCAGAAAACUGGAAGAACAAGAGGCAGAGGAGAGAGAGAGGAGAGAACAGGAAGAGGCUGAAAGGAGGAAAAAGAUUGAGGCUGAGAAAGAGAAGAGGAUGAAGGAGGAGUACAUGAGAAAGAAAGAAGAGGUGAGGAGGAAAGAACUGGAAGAGGAAAUGAGACGCUACGAAAUGCUAUUGGAGAGACAGAAAGAAGAGGAGAGGCUAAGAAUGGAAGAAGAACUAAAAAUGUCCAAGAUGGCAGAGGAGGAAAGGUUGGAGUAUGAGAGGAAAAAGAGAGAAAUAGAAGAAAGAGAAAGACAGCAGAAACUAGAGGAAGAAUUGCGACUAGCAGAAGAGAAAAGGAGACUUGAAGAAGAAAUCAAACUUCUUGCUGCAGAGAAGGCCAGGGAGCAGGCAUUGAUAGCUGCCAAAUUGAGAUUUGAGAGGCUAUGCAAGGAAGAGUCAGUUAAUUUGGAUCAGGCACAUAAAGUGAACAGAGCAUUUGUCUUCUCCUACUUUGAGCUUUUACAGUGGCUGGGCCUGGAUGUGCCAGAUUUUGAACUGGCCAAACUUGCAGAUUAUUAAAAAAAAUUAAGAAAUGAGCCAAAGUAGCAGAUUUUUGUUUUUGUUUGUAUUGCCAAACUCUGUAAUUUUGAAAUGGUCAAAUUGAUAUAUUUACAAAAAAAGAAUAAAUGAUGAAAUUAGCAGGUUAAUUGCGGGUUUGUACUUCAGCAAAUUUAAAAAAAAAAAGUUUUUUGCUAAAACAUAUUCAUUUAGAUAGCAAGCUUAGUUUUGGGUUUCAAUAUCUUCUUGUUAAUUAAUAGCAUGUAUCUAAAUCAAAGUUAACACAUAAAUACAAAAAGAAUGCAACUUUAUAAGAUAAAGCUUAUCAUGACCAACUAACUUAUCAUGACCAUCUUUAGAAGUAAAAAUAUUUUCAUAUAUUGAUAAUGUUUGUAUACGAGUAAAAUUACUUGUAAUGCGAAUGAGCUUAUAUUGCUUGCUUCUCAUUACAAACAAUGUUUUAUAUCAUAUUUUAUUUAAUUAUAACUGCAAUUGUAACUCAAUCUUAAAAUAAUUAUAUUUUUACACACUAUUUACACUUAGUACACAGUAUUAAUUUUCAGAUGUGUAUUUCUAUUUGACUCUUCAAGUAUUAAUUGACGAAAUAACUGUGAUCACUAAAAGAAACAAUGAAAUUGUGUACAUUUUUUACUCUAUUUGUAUAACUUCUUUUCUAACAAAAAUAUUUUUACAGAAUUAUGUAUAUUUGUAUCCAAAGUUAUUGCAUAUUAGAACAUAUUCUGUCUGUUGUCUGUUGGCCUCUGUCAGUCCUAAAAUGACUUUGGUUCAUCUCAAACAUAUUAGAAAAUCAUGAACUGUAUAUAAAUAAAAAUAUCUGAAUCUUCUAGAAGUUGAAAAACUCACUGCUUGCUACUAACAUAAGCAUAAUACUGCACAAAAGAGUCCCAUGUUAAUUUUUUUUGGUUUCCACUAUACUAUAUUUUAAAUAUAUAGAUCUAUGAAAUAUUCGAAUUUCUUUCACUUAAAAUUGAAACAAUUUUUAAUGCAGAUAUUUUAAAAUGAUUCCCAAACUUGAAUACAUAUAUAUAACUUAUAGACAGGCCCAUAGCUAUCACACAACUUAUUGUAACUUUUUAAAACUCGAUACUAAUUUAUAAUCACUCGUUUUUUUACUACAAUAGUUGAACAAUGCAUCGUGUUGAGAGGAUUAUAUUAUUAAUUCUCCUAAGUAUCCUUCUUGCAUCUAAUUUGUUUGAAAUAUGUUUGUUUUUUAAAUGGUUCAUUCAAAUUUGUUAUUUUUAUAUUUUAUUGUCAUUUGUAUAAAUCUUUAACUUCAAGUGAUUAAAAAAAUGGAAAAACAUAUGAAUGAAACAAAAUUACCUUCACAGACUACUCCAUGGGGACUUAUUUCUAGUCUGUCAAAUUAUUCUAAGUACAUUUAGAAAUACAUUACAGAUAGCACAAUUUGUAACAAAAUACUUAUAGCUCUUAUUUUAUGCAGCAUUUCUUUCUUUAUUUUGCUUUCAAAAAGGAAUUCACUUAAUCACCCAUAUCUACAAUAUAAGGUUAAUCAUUUUUUCUGAGCUCAUAUAUAGUGCUACAUACAUUAGAUUAAGUUCUACAGUUUGUAGAAUUGACAUACAAAAUCUAAACUCAUUGGCUGUUAACAAAGCUGUUAAUUAGAUAAAUCGGUUUUUAAAAUAACCAAAUUAAUUGUAGAGAAGUUUUUUUUAUAUCCUUUUUAUCAGAAUAUAAUCUUGUUAUUCAGUUUUUCUCAAUAAACUCUCAACUUAUAUACAAAAAGACUCCAAUGUUUGAGCACAAGCCAUGAUGAUAAUUAUCUCCUUUCUUUGAUGUUGAUUUUAGGCUAGCGUGCCAUCUGAUAUUUGUUAAUUUAAUUAAUGUAAUUUAUUAAUUCGCCAUGUCGAUUGCCAAAACUUUAUUCAAUCCGUCCAGAAUUAAUUAAAAGAAAAUUAAUUGCCAUUAAAUAUUAUACUCUAGCAUUACUUUGUCUGGAUGCUGUUGUGUUGAUUCAUUCAUGCCUUGUUCAAUUUGUUUCUUUCUGGACUAUAUUAUAGUAUUACUCCAUUUGUAUGCUGUAGCAGAUAUUUGGUUUAAAGAACCCAGAAAUGUUUUGGAAGUUCUUCAAAUCACAGAAAGCUAUUUGUUAUUGUCCACAUGUUUAUAUAGAUCAGUGCUGGUCUGAUGAUUUAUGGAAGAAAAAAAUAAAAAAUCUGCCAUAAUAAUAUAAAUGUUUUUAAAUUUUUUUAUUUUCAUAUAUUUCUAUUCAGAAAAUGGCUGAAAAUAUUGGUCAUUCAUGAAAAUAAAUUUUGUUUCAUUUUC